AUUCCAUGCCAUGUUCCUUCGUGAUAUUGUACUUUCGUUUUCCUUGUUUAGGGAUAGAAUACAAUACAAACUUUCUAUUGUAUUAUUGUUAAUAAAUAAAUACAAACUUUCUAUUGUAUUAUUGUUAAUCAAAAUUGCAAUUCAUUUAUUUUAGUAGAGAUUGAGGUUAGAGAUUUAAAUAAUAUAUAUAUUGUUUUUAGGUAUAUACAAGUGAUACUCUUGGUCAAAAUUGCUAUUCAAAUUCAACUAUACCUUUAAAAUUUUAUUCUCUCUCUUCUUUUCCCUUUUUAUUUUAUUUUUCUCCUUUUAAUUGAAGUUUCUUUGGUAAUCGUGUUGAGCGUGGUGGUGUUAAUUGUUUCCCCUUCCUCCUUUCUGGGCUUUAGCGCCCUGUGGCCACUGAAAUCGAUGAUCGUCAGUGUUCAAUGGACCCGUCGUCAGUGCGAAAAGCUCCUCCAGCUGAAGAAGAUGAGUGGGACACUGAUGGGUUCGUGAUUCCCAGCUUGGGAAUAGAAGAGACAGACCAAACUAGAGUUGGCUCUCCAAAAGUAGAAAUUGAAGAACCUCCCCCAAAGGUUAAAGAAGAGACGACGAUUUAUCUUGGCCCACAUGGCGCGCCACCAUCACAGUCGAAACAAGAUUUGAACCCCACCAAUCGUAAGCAACGGUUAAAGCUGAAAUUGAAGGAAGCAGACCGGAGGACCACAAUGGGACGAGAGAAUAAGUUGGAAAAUUUACGAGAGCUUGUAGGUGCUGGAAAAUCAAGCACCAAUAUGACUAAGGGUUCUUCUAGGGACUGGCUUGACCCGCACUGCCAUGAGGCUGAGUUCGAGAAGUAAUGUCCACAGAGAUCAAAGUAUUUUAUAAGACAACUUAAGAAAAUUAGCACAGUUUUUGAGAUAAAGAUCCGAUCGGUCGUUUUAUAAGUCUAUUAAACUGUCCUUUCGAGACAAAUGUUCCCUUCUCUAUAUUUACAUAAAGCUGGGAGUUUAUAACUAUAAUAAGUUUUGCAUUGGAGCUUUGAUGGUAUAAAUGAAGCAGUUGCUUACAAAGCAGAAGAUUUGGUGAAGCUAA